CACAUUGGCUUGGGCGCUUCUUACCCAGCGUAAGCACUGCCUACGCAAGAGCAGUUACGCAAGGCAGACUGCGUAGGCAAAUGUUGUAGUAGAAAGGGAAUGUCGGUCUGUGAAUGAUCGGUUUCUGAGGCGGCAGGGGAACGUCAACGUUAUGGCUCAACAAAAGAAUCUGGAGGGGUAUGUGGGCUUUGCAAGCCUCCCAAACCAAGUGUACCGGAAGUCUGUCAAGAGGGGCUUUGAGUUCACUCUCAUGGUCGUGGGGGAGUCGGGUCUGGGGAAGUCCACGUUGAUCAACUCUCUCUUCCUAACAGACCUGUAUUCAUCAGAGUACCCUGGACCCUCCCACCGGAUAAAAAAGACUGUACAGGUGGAGCAGUCCAAGGUGUUAGUGAAGGAAGGAGGCGUCCAGCUCCUUCUGACGAUAGUCGACACCCCUGGCUUCGGAGACGCCGUCGACAACAGCAACUGCUGGCAACCCGUCAUCGACCACAUCGACAGCAAGUUCGAGGACUACCUGAACUCGGAGUCGCGGGUCAACCGACGUCAGAUGCCCGACAGCCGCAUCCACAGCUGCCUGUACUUCAUCGCCCCCUCGGGCCACGGGCUGAAGCCUCUGGACAUCGAGUUCAUGAAGCGGUUGCACGAGAAGGUCAACGUCAUCCCGCUGAUCGCAAAAGCAGACACGCUCACGCCUGAAGAGUGCCAACAGUUCAAGAAACAGAUCAUGAGGGAAAUCCAAGAGCACAAAAUCAAGAUCUACGAGUUCCCCGAGUCGGACGAGGAAGAGGAGAACAGACUUGUGAAAAAGAUCAAGGACAAGCUGCCCCUGGCUGUGGUCGGCAGCAACACCAUCAUCGAGGUGAACGGCAAGCGGGCCCGAGGGAGGCAGUACCCCUGGGGGGUAGCGGAAGUGGAGAACGGCGACCACUGUGACUUCACCAUCCUCAGAGACAUGCUCAUCAGGACCCAUAUGCAGGACCUGAAGGACGUCACCAACAACGUGCACUAUGAGAACUACCGCAGCAGGAAGCUGGCUGCCGUCACGUACAACGGCGUCGACAACAACAGAACCAAGGGUCAGAACUCCACCAAACGUGACACAGGUGAAGGAAUAAGCCCCCUGGCCCAGAUGGAGGAGGAGAGGCGGGAGCACGUCUCCAAGAUGAAGAAGAUGGAGAUGGAGAUGGAGCAGGUGUUUGAGAUGAAGGUCAAGGAGAAGGUGCAGAAGCUCAAGGACUCCGAGGCAGAGCUCCAGCGGCGUCACGAGCAGAUGAAGAGGAACCUGGAGGCCCAGCACAAGGAGCUGGAGGAGAAGCGGCGUCUGUUUGAGGACGAGCGGGCCAACUGGGAGACGCAGCAGAGACUGGAGCAGCAGAAACUAGACGCGUCCAGAACCUUGGAGAAAAACAAAAAGAAAGGCAAGAUCUUUUAAACAAGGACAGUGCGACGGUGCAACCCCCCUCCCAGGUGUCGGGGCGUUUGCCAACAUUUCCGGUCAGGACACCCAACGGUCUGCGGCACUACCCUCUCCAGCUUUCUCCCUCCCUCUCGCCCCCCCCCCCUCUUUCUCGCCCACCCAACCAUCACCACCUGUGGGACUGUGCUUCCCCUCGCGGCCACCAGAGGGCGGUACAGUGGGUGAAGAGCAGGUGUUCGGGUGGGGCUCUGCAUGUCCUGUUGUGUGAACUGCAACCAGAGCGCCCCCAUCCCGCCCCCCACCCCUCAAUGCUAGGCCACCGUGGGUCUCAGCCAACGUGUUGACCUUUUACGGGGCCGAAUAACAGAAGAACGACUAAAUAACACCAUCUUUAGAAAGGCCAAACCCAUUAUUAUUAUAAUUAUUAUUAUUGUUGUUGUUAUUAUUGUUAUGAUGAAUACAGUCCCUAUGCCCCGCUCUCCCAUCGCUAUCAGUUACCCCCGCCCCCCUGCCAGGUUGCGGUUGGACAACUCCCUUAUAGAGUUGUAAGGAGUUUCAUAGUCACCCCCACCAACACAUGGCCACACACACGCGUGUGUCUAACAGUUGUACAAUCAAACAGGUAGAAUUGUAUUGGUUCACAGGUCACGAGUGUGAAGUAAAUUAACACGGUAGCUCUGCUCCCCCCGUGUGAAGUAUCGAAGUAGAAAACGUAAAGAAACCAAAAAAACCAGACCAGCGAGUUGCGGGAUUCCCGUCGAGCUUGAACGGGAUUCCCGUCGAGUGUGAACGGGAUUGCCGCCCAGCGUGAACGGGAUUGCCGUCAAGCGUGAACGGGAUUCCCGUCGAGCGUGCACGGGAUUCCCGUCGAGCAUGAACGGGAUUCCCUUCGAGCGUGAAUGGGAAUCCCAUUGUGCUUGAGCGGGAAUACCGUCUAACGUCACGGGAAUACCGUCGUCUCUCGUCGCAAAGUCAGGGAGGCACCGGCGACCCACGUCCCGCAAAUACUAGCGCUUGGAUAACACGCACCUUGGACUUUUUUCCAGCAAUAACAAACCAAACGGCUCCGCCUCCCCAUGCCCCGAACGUUGACUUCUGUGUUUAGCUAUCGCCAUUAGCCUCGGACCACCGUGUAUAACUUGAUGAGUGUUAUAUAUUUCAGUUUAUUUUUAUUUUUUUAUAUUUACCGAGCCAGCCGAAGUGAUCCAUGAUUAUUUUGUAUGUGUGGAUCAUUUCUCAUCGACGCGAGAACAGCAAGCCCUCUGGUUGAACCGUUUAUCGGAAGACAUCUGAUAAAUGGUCCGCCAGGGCAGGGAAAGAUUAUUUCAGUAACAGUGGAAAUAAUGUUGGUGGGAAAUGGAGAAGUCGACAUCGAAGAUUCUUGGGCUAUGUACUCUUAUCUCUGUAUUUUUAAUUUUAUUUUUCAUUUGUAAUGUACAAAGUCACUUAAUAAACCUGUGAUAAUAUGGA